CGAUUUUCUUAGACUAGGAUGAUUUCCAGCACCCAGGCAUUCGCUAACGCUGCCGCCGCGGCCGAUAAGAUCAAAAAUGUCCACUUGAAAGAGCUUAUGGCUGAUGAAGAGCGCAACAAGUCCAUGUUCGUGACCCCUUCCGACUUAAAGGGUGUGACAUUGGACUAUUCCAGAGAGCGCCUCAACGAUGCUUCCCGCAAGGCUCUGUUUGACUUGGCCGAGGAGGCUCAUCUCGAUCAGAAGAUCGAAGAUAUGUUCAACGGUGUUAAGAUUAACACCACUGAGAAGAGGGCCGUCCUUCAUACCGCCUUGAGAGCUCCUCGCGGUAGUAAGGUCAUGGUCGAUGGUAAGAAUGUCAUCGAGGAUGUUUGGAGAGUUUUGGACCAGAUCAAGAACUACUCCGACAAGAUCCGCUCCGGCGAGCACCGUGGUGUGACCGGCAAGCUCCUUAAGAACGUCGUGGCUGUCGGCAUUGGUGGUUCCUAUCUCGGUCCCGAGUUCGUCUUCGAGGCUCUUCGUACCGACCCUGUGGCAAAGAAAGCCGCUGAGGGAAGGACGACUAAGUUCCUAGCCAACGUCGACCCUAUCGAUGUUGAGAGAGCCCUCGAUGGUCUCAACGCCGAGGAGACCCUCCUUGUCGUCAUCUCCAAGACCUUCACCACUGCCGAGACCAUGCUCAAUGCGAAGACUGUUCGCCAAUGGCUCUUCGACAACCUCGGCAAGUCCCCUGAAGUUGUCAGUAAGCAUGUCUGUGCAUGCUCAACCGCCUUGGAGUUGACCAAGGAGUUUGGUAUCGAUGACGAGAACGUCUUUGCCUUCUGGGACUGGGUCGGAGGCCGUUACUCUGUCAGCUCCGCUGUUGGCUGUCUUCCUCUCGCCCUUCAGUACGGCUUCGAGCAGGUUAACCAAUUCCUUCAGGGUGCUCAUUUGAUGGACGAGCAUUUCCGCAACACUAAGGAUCUCAGUCAGAACAUCCCAGCUCUGAUGGGCCUCAUUGCCGUCUGGAACCGCACGUUCCUCGGUGCCUCGUCCACGGCCAUUCUCCCUUACUGCCAGGCCUUGGUGAGGUUUGUUGCUCACAUUCAACAGCUUGAUAUGGAGAGCAACGGCAAGCGAGUAACUCUCAACGGCCACACUGUGGAUUUCAGCACUGGUAUGGUCCACUUCGGUGAGCCCGGCACUAACGGCCAACAUUCCUUCUACCAGGAGCUUCAUCAAGGCACCACUAUUGUGCCUAGCGAGUUCAUUGGGUUCGCCAAGUCGCAGAAUCCCAUCAAACUUGCCGGCGAGCCCGUCAGCAACCACGAUGAGCUCAUGUCUAACUUCUUCGCCCAACCCGAUGCUCUCGCCUUCGGCAAGGGCUAUGACCAGCUCGAGAAGGAGGGGGUCCCUGCUGAGUUGAUGGACCAUAAGUUCUUCCCCGGCAACCGUCCCUCGUUAUCUCUCCUCUUCCCUGGCACAUGCAACGCUACCUCUGCUGGUGCCCUCCUUGCGGCCUAUGAGCAUCGUACUAUGGUCCAAGCAGCCAUCUGGGGUACCAACUGCUUCGACCAGUGGGGAGUGGAAUUGGGCAAGGUCUUGGCCAAAUCAGUGAGAGCUCACUUCGCCAACCCCUCCGCUGGCGUUAGCGAGUUCUGUGGCUCGACUCAGAGGCUCCUCAAGCAGUACCAUCAAAUGAAGUAAGCGUCGCUAUAUUGGCGUGGCCGACCGAAGUACGUCAGAGUGCUUUGCAUAACGCGAUUGUCUCAUCCUUCUCUUGAAUAUUUCCCUACCAAAAGUAUGUCUAGUA